CCAUGGCGGCCCCGGAGCCCGCUCCGAGGCGGGGCCGGGAGCGGGAGCGGGAGCGGGAGGACGAGAGCGAGGAUGAGAGCGACAUCCUGGAAGAGAGCCCGUGCGGCCGCUGGCAGAAGCGGCGGGAACAGGUGAACCAGGGCAAUAUGCCGGGGGUCCAGAGCACCUUCCUGGCCAUGGACACAGAGGAGGGGGUAGAAGUGGUGUGGAACGAGCUGCACUUCGCCGACAGGAAGGCCUUCGCAGCCCACCAGGAGAAGAUCCAGGCCAUGUUCGAGCAGCUGGCGCUGGUGGACCACCCCAACAUCGUGAAGCUGCACAAGCACUGGCUGGACGCCUCCGAGGCCCGCGCGCGGGUCGUCUUCAUCACGGAGUACGUGUCGUCGGGCAGCCUCAAGCAAUUCCUCAAAAAGACCAAAAAGAACCACAAGGCCAUGAACGCCCGGGCCUGGAAGCGCUGGUGCACGCAGAUCCUGUCCGCGCUCAGCUUCCUGCACGCCUGCAGCCCCCCCAUCAUCCAUGGGAACCUGACCAGCGACACCAUCUUCAUUCAACACAAUGGCCUCAUCAAGAUCGGCUCCGUGUGGCACCGCAUCUUCUCGAAUGCGCUCCCCGAUGCUCUCCGAAGCCCCAUCCUCACUGAGCGUGAGGAACUGCGGAACCUGCACUUCUUCCCUCCGGAGUAUGGCGAGGUUGCCCACGGGACUGCAGUGGACAUCUUCUCCUUCGGGAUGUGUGCACUGGAGAUGGCUGUGCUGGAGAUCCAGGCCAACGGGGACACCCGGGUCACAGAGGAGGCCAUUGCUCGCGCCAGGCACUCGCUGAGUGACCCCAACAUGCGGGAGUUUAUUCUCUCCUGCCUGGCCCGGGACCCUGCCUGCCGGCCCUCUGCCCACAAUCUCCUCUUCCACCGCGUGCUCUUCGAGGUGCACUCAUUGAAGCUCCUAGCAGCCCAUUGCUUCAUCCAGCACCAAUACCUCAUGCCUGAGAACGUAGUGGAGGAGAGGACCAAGGCCAUGGACCUGCACGCCGUCUUGGCGGAGAUCCCCCGGCCCCACCGGCCCCCGCUGCAAUGGCGGUAUUCAGAGGUCUCUUUUCUGGAGCUGGACAAAUUCCUGGAGGAUGUCAGGAACGGGAUCUACCCACUGAUGAACUUUGCAGCUGCUCGGCCCCUGGGGCUGCCCCGUGUGUUAGCCCCGCCCCCUGAGGAGGCCCAGAAGGCCAAGACCCCAACACCAGAACCCUUUGACUCGGAGACCAGAAAGGUGAUCCAGAUGCAGUGCAACCUGGAGAGAAGCGAGGACAUGGCGCGCUGGCAUCUCACGCUGCUCCUGGUGCUGGAGGACAGGCUGCACCGGCAGCUGACCUACGACCUGCUCCCAACCGACAGCGCCCAGGACCUGGCCGCCGAGCUCGUGCACUACGGCUUCGUCCACGAGGAUGACCGGACGAAGCUGGCUGCCUUCCUGGAGAGCACCUUCCUCAAGUACCGCGGGGCCCAGGCCUGAUCCGGUACCCCAGCCCUUGGGGACCAGCCCGGCCGCUUCCCGACCCAGCUAGUGAGGACCCGCCCGCCCGCCUCAAGGCAGCGUGGAGCUGACCCCGCCUCCGCGGAGACCCAGGGGUGGGGGCAGGGGAGUGGCCAGGCGCCGCAUAGCUUCGGGAUCAGGCGUCCACAGCUCAGCACUCCCAUUUCCUCGGUUCUGCUGAUCCCCACCUCCUCUCAACCCCCAAGCUGCCUGGACACUGACUGGGCCUCUAGGUCCUCAGCAAAGAGAGGCUGCCCUGCAGAGAGCCACAGUGCUGGGGGUGGGGGUAGGGGUCAGCCCUGGACAGACUUGCCCAGGGAUUUGCUCCAUCUGGUCAGGGAGAGCAGCCACCCUGGGUUGGCACCUCAGACCCACACAAGGAGCCUGGACCUCAAGCCAAUGGUGGAACACCUGCAUGUGUAACGCUGGGCGUUAGGCAGGGCCAUGACCAGGCAGAAAAACAGGUGGUAGAGAACCUAGAGUUUAGGCCACGUCGGCAAAGCCCCUGAUCCCAUCUUCCACAUGCUCUGAGACCAGGACCUGCAGCCAUCUCUGCAGACCCUCUUCUCCCCUGCAGCCCCCUCCAGGGGGCUGUUUCUCUCCUGCAUUACCUGGCUUGGAGGGGUCAGGGGCCAGGCACCCUCCAUGUUAUCUCCAGCACUUGCUCCCUGGGCAGCUGCUUCCCGGGCCCUGAAGAUGUCAGCUCCUGGCUCACUCUGAGAGGUUUCACUGCCCUUGGGGAUUCUGCCCACCCCCACUGCCCUGGCCUCUUGGUUCUUGGAUUGCCUCUCCUCCAAUUCCAAAUUUAGUUAAACAGUCUCAAACAUUUAAAAUUGUAUGUAUAAAUUUAGUGCAUUUAGGUUUCUUUUUAAGUAUUUCAAAUGUCAAAGUGGGAAGGCUCACUACUUUAUUAGUUCUAUAUUGCUGCUGUAAAAUUUGCCACAAACUUAGAGGCUUAAAACAACACACGUUUAUUAUAAUUCUGUAGGUUGGAAGUUUGAUACGAGUCUCACCAGACUAAAACCAAGGUGUUGGCAGGCUGCUUGUGUUCCUUCUGGAGGUUCUAGGGGAGAAUCCGUUUCCUGCCCAUUCAGGCUGUUGGCAGAAUUCACUUCUUGGCAGUGGUAGGGCUGAGGUCCCCAUCUUCUUGCUGGCUAUAAACAGAGGGCCAUUCUCAGCUUCUAGAGGCUGCCCACAUUCCUUGGCUCGUUUCCCCUCCAUUUUCAGAGCCAACGACAGCAGGUUGAAUCCAUUAGGAACCAUCUCUCUGGUUCUCUGCAGCAAUGAAAGUUUCUCCUGAAGGACUCAUGUGAUUAGAUUGGGUCCACCCACAUAAUCCAGCAUAAUCUCCUCCUCUUAAGGUCCUUGAUAUUAAUCACAUUUGCAAAAUACUUAUUGCCAUGUGAACUAACAUUCAUUGGUUCUAGGGAUUAGGAAAUGGACAUCUUUGCGGGGGGGCAUUCCAACUACUAUACCACCCUAACAAAAGCCAAAAACCAAAACAAAACAAAUUUACCAAAGCAUAUAAAAUAAAUGUACAAGUACAGUGAAUCUUAAGUUAUCAUAAACAUUCCAAUACUAUUUACAAAAUUAUUCAAAUACUCACACUAUUCCACUUAAAAUUACACAUCUAAAAUAACACAUUCUAGAUGGAAAUCCUGAGGCUAAGCUGUCUGUGCACCGUCUUAAACAGUUUGAGCAACAGAUACAUGACAGAUCAUACCAGUGACUAAACCAAACUUAAAAGCAUCAGUACUACCAUUGCUGCACUCGAUCACGCCAAUGCUGUUUUUCAUUUCAAGUUUGAUCUUUUCAGAGUUAUAUACGUAUUGUUUAAAAGUGGAAUGGGUUUUUUUUAAGCCAAUAAUUAAAAAUA